UAUUGAAUAUGACGAGUAUCUUAAAAUUACUAUUCGUAAUUGUUACAUUAACAACCAAAAAAGUUUUUUGUGUAGUCGAAAAGCGAACAUCUCCACAAGAAGUUUUUAUCGAGACAUUAAGCAGAAUGUACAAUGUACCAGAAAGUUCUCAAGACACAGUAGAAGAUGUAUUUGAUGUGUCAGGCCCUCAGCCCCAAGUUCAGACAUCGUCAGGACUGAUACACGGGAUAACUACUGAUCAUGAUCAAUCGUUUUACGGAAUUCCUUAUGCACGACCACCUCUUGGAAGCCUGAGAUUCCAACCCCCUCAGUCUCUCAAUACUCCAAAUAAAGUUCGUAACAAAACGACUCAAGACUUCUUAAGCUGCUAUCAGAUUGGCAGGAUACUGAGGCUUUCGGAAGACUGUCUUAAUCUGGAUAUACACGUACCGCACCAUGUUAAUUUAUCUGACUCUUUUAUGCCCCCAGCCGAUCGUUUACCGGUUAUGUUUUGGAUUCACGGAGGUGCAUUUUUUCUCGGUGCAGGCACAUGGCCACAAUACGAGGGGAAAUUCCUGAGCGAAGUUACAAACACCGUUAUUGUGAGAGUGAAUUAUAGACUGGGUCCGUUUGGAUUCCUCACGUAUGAAGCGAAUGGGAAUAAGAUAAAAGGAAAUCAAGGAAUUAAAGAUCAGCAACUCGGUUUGCAAUGGGUUCAAGAUAACAUUGAAAAAUUUGGAGGAGACAAAAACAGGGUGACAAUAUUUGGAGAAAGCGCUGGGGCCCAAUCGGUCAUGCACCAUUUGCUUUCCCACGUUAGCGAUAAGCUAUUUCAUCGAGCGAUUAUGCAAAGCAAUCCUUUUCCAAGUUUUUAUCCAACGUUCGAGGAAUCUCUCAAUAGAACGGAAGAAGUUCUACAGUUUCUAAAAUGUGGACCGAUAGAUGUUGCUGGGCCGGUAGAAAGAAAAUGCUGCAGACCGCUAACAACCGAUAUUGAUUGUCUCGUGGAGGCGGAACCUCAGCAACUCAUCAAUGCAAUGGUAUCUAUAAUGACGUCAGAGUUUGUUAGAUUCGAUUUUUAUCAGUUUGUCGAGCCAUUUCGACCAAUUAUCGAUGGUGAUGAAUUCACAAAGCAGCCGAUUGAACGUUUCAAAGAGGGAAAUUGGCAAAAACAUAAACCAAUCAUAUCGGGAACCAACAGUGAAGAACUCGUCGUUUUAAAAUUUCUAGUUCCGUUUCUAAAUGAAAAUUCGUAUAAGAUUUUGAACAAUCGCAUGUUUGAAGGACUUGGAAAGUAUGAAAAUACAGGAGAAAUUGUUUCCCAAAAGUAUAUGGAGAUGUAUGGGACUUCAAAUUUUCCUGAAUUGUUCGGUAUCGAAACAACUCAUUUGGUAUUCACAUGUAACCAGAGGGCGCUGGCCAGAUACGCAUCGAAUACAACACAGUCUUCUGUAUACCAUUAUGUAUUCAGCCACAGCUUGGAUGGACCAGACUGUGAGGCACGUUUAGGUCGACUUUGCAAUUACUCGUGUCAUGCUUCGGACUUACAUUUUACAUUCCGAACGAUCGAGCAUUUAGGAUUGGUGCCUGAUGUGGAGGAUAUACAAGUUUCGAACCAAUUUAGCAACUAUUGGGGAGGAUUCGCGAGAACGGGCAAUCCUUCCGAAGGUUUAGAAACUCCAUUACCGGGAGAUUUUCCCGAAUGGCUUCCAUACGUCGGAACAAACCAAGGCAAUGAAGAACGAUGGCUGAAUUUGCGACUAGACGAGCCUGUGGCGUACCUCGAGAGCGAUUACGAAAAAGAAAUUUGUGAUUUUUGGGAUAGCCUCGGUGUAUACAUGAAAGCUCAAGAGACUUCAACGCACACUACUAUACCUGUCACCACCGCCAGUGUAACAAUGCCUUCUAUGCCCACAACGACAGAAAGUGAUGGAAAAAUCAAUACCACCAGUGACGGUGUCAUCGUACGACCGACAGUAGCAUGUGUCUUUGUUACUGUGCUAUUCGCAAUCUUGAGAGGUUUGCUUCAAUAACUUAGACGUUGCGUUCAUAUGAUACUUCCAGUUAACUCAAUACACAUUUCUUUGGAAAUUCGGUUGUCUAUUACCUACAUUUCCUUGAAAGGCAAUAUUAUCCGACUUUUUUACUAGCUAAUUUAGUCUGUUUUCGCACACAUUUAUAUAAUUCAUGAAUAUAUGCUAAUAGUUCGAACCAUUUUGUGGAUAUUCGUGGUUAUGAGGUCGCUGGAUUGACUCUUCUCUUGUAGUUAGUCCACAUCGGAUCAAAUGUUUUCUUAGUGACAAUGUCGAUGCCGAACGGAAUUUCACCGCCAAGAUUUUGUUUUAGUUGACAACUGCAUUUGUGAUGAAGUCAGUUACAUGAUAUCCAUGUAUGCUACAGCCAAUAUAACUUGCAUGUCCGCCAAGUUUCAAACAUUAUAUACAGUCAUUUGGGUUAUGGACAUAUAAGCCCACAGCCAUGUGCUUGUACCCAAAUAUAUAUAUAUAUAUAUACUUGUGCAAACUUGUAUGCCUGGAAUUACCCAUGAGUACAAUUGUACGUGGGUGCAAAAUGUUCAAGAUUUUAGAACAUGCAUAUAAAUUGCAUCCGUGUACAUUUGCAUCCAUAUACAUUUGAACCUAGACAUUUUCACCCAUAUACAGUUGCACUCACGUACAAUUGCACCCGUGGACAUUUGUACCCAUGUUCAGUCUUCAUGCAUAUUUUCACUUAUUGAAUAGAAUAGACAAACUUGUACCCUGUAGCCAAUGAUAGUAAGCGCGGAUGUACUAUUCCAAGUAAAAAAUAUAAGACGUAAGCAAAGUAACGUAAGUAAAAGACUCAUUUUACUUCGUAAAUAUUUUAAAAUCUUCUAUGCAUAAUUAUUCUAGUUACUUUUUCAUGGUGCAUUACUAACCUAUCUCAGAUUCUUUUUUCUAUAGUCUACUCCAGCGUUUCCCAAACUUUUUUGGCCAUGGAACACCCACGAUUUUCAUCUCGGCUCGCGGAACACCAAAAAAUAAAAGGGUAAAAUUGAUAAAGAAAAAUGGUGUAGUUCAGCGAUUCCCAGAGGGGUGGCGAGUUGCCAA